GCCUCCACCUUCCCUUGUCUCCAACACUAACACAGUUUCAACGGUUCAUCCCUUCAGCUUUCCUUCUUCUCAGCCGCCAACAGAAAGUUUAGAACUACCGACUACUCGGACUCCGUGUAAUCAACCGCGCGUAGAGCUCUCGAAAGCGUUAACUUCCUGACGAAGGUUUUUUUUGCCCGCGUAGAGCAGCCAUCGUCGCAGCAUGGGUCUGGAGGACGGCGCGCCCGAUGAGAUCCGCAUCGCCAGCCAGUGGAAGCCCACUGCCGACGGCCGGCCGCUGGGGCUCGCGGCGUUCGCGUGCACCACCUACGUCAUGUCCGCCUUCAACGCCGGGUGGGCGCCGGACUUCAUCUGGAUCGGAAUGGCGCUGUUCUACGGCGGGCUGGGGCAGCUGCUGGCGGGGAUGUGGCAGUUCAAGCGCAACUGCACCAUGACGGCCACCGCCUUCUCCACCUACGGCUGCUUCUGGAUGUCGCUCGCGCUCUUCAAGAUCCUCGAAAUCUCCAAACUCCUGCCCAAAGAGACGAUGGCGGAGCUGCUGGACGCGGUGGGGUGGUUUCUGCUGGCGUUCUUUCUGUUCAACACGUACGUGCUCGCGGCGUCGCUCAUGAUGUGCGUGGCGGAGGUCGUCGUCUUCUUCCUGCUCGAGCUCACGCUGCUCUGCCUCUUCGUCGGCCACCUCAAGGGGCAACCCGCCGGCCUCACCGCCUCCUGGACCAUGGCGGGCGGCUACAUCGGCCUAUUCACCUCCAUCGCCGCGUGGUACUACUCGUUCGCGUGCCUCAUGAACUCGCUCAUCAAGAAGCCCGUCAUCCCCGUGGGCCCGCCGCUGGUCAAGUUCAACGUGGAAUGACGAGAUCACCACGUCCCGUCCGUCCCCCACCUUCCAUAACGCCAGCUGCGGCUGCCUCCACGCACAUCUUGCUACCGGCACCGGCAAGAGUGCCAGAAAACUACACUUGCCUACUGGUACCCUCUCAUGAUGUUGCUUAGGACAUCUGUGUAUUUAAUAUGGUAUUACAUAUUAUAGUACUGCUAUCAUUCAUGACUUUGCCUCAAGCC